AUGUUUAACGGAGUAGGGCUUACCACGCCGAGAGGCAGUGGAACGAACGGAUACGUCCAAAAAAGCCUCGCGACUCUGCGGCCGAUCAGAAUCGCGAAAGGACAUGACCAGCACGGGGUCAUCACGCGCCCAAAGCUGCGCACGAACCCGGAAAUCGCAUUACAUGAAAAACUUCGGGCGCUAGAAGUCAAACUGCUGGAGUUGCGCGUACAGAAGGAAGGUCAGAUGACCACGGAAGAAUUGGAUAAGUUGAUAGCAAACGAGAGACAACGGCUAAUGAAACUGCUAGAGCAGGAUGAGAUGACCUAUGAUCGCAGAGAGAACGACAGCAAUCAGCUAGCCGAGGAAAAGGCGCGGCGCAAUCAGAAGAUGAUGGAAGCGCUUAACAUAAAGCACAGUGCUGAUGAAGCUAAAACUAGGGAUGUCGAGUCGGCAGACCAAGGAGCAGUACGAAGCGAACGGGAUGAAAUUGCACGUAGCGUCGGCUCAACGCCCAAUCGGAGUAGGUCGCGUUCCAUCGACCGACCGAAGAGCCCAUCUCACAGUACGCACGUCAGGGACGUGGAAAGGAGCGCAUCACGCAGUGCGUCGCGAUCCGUCACGCCGCGUAGCGAACGUAGACACGGCAAAAAGUACAAACGUUCGAGAAGGUCUUACUCCACCGACAGCGAUGUGUCCCGUGACUCUCCCGCAACACGCCGACGGAGAUCCAGGCGCUCACGCAGUAUUUCCAACUCACGGUCGAGAUCAUACUACAGCGUGUCGAGCGAACGCGACACGGACAGGGACGAGAGGAGGACGGAACGGUCGAGAAUGCGGUACAGGGAACGUUCACGUCGCCGUAGGAGCCCGAGCCGUGCUCACAGGAAACGAAGGAGUUCAGGGCAUAAAUCGUACCGCAGCAUGAGCCGUAGUGCUUCUAGCAGGCGGUACCCCAGAAGGUCGCACAGCGGAGCCUCACACGGCAGCUCGGUAUCGCGCAGCCAUACGCCGCAAUAUCGCAAAAGGGAUUAUGGCAGGAGUAAGGGGGAUAGGGACGUUGUCUCAACGCGGCACAAAGCAAUCGAUAAGGAUCGCAGCCGAUCAAGAUCUAGCAGAUCGCACUCGAGAAGUGACCAAGUCGAACGCCGACGCAGCCACUCAAGCGAAUACAGCAGACGUCAUUCAAAGCGGUACAGCUCAAGAAAGCACCGCAGAAACAGCUCCUCAUCCGUCAGCUCAUCGCGGCCUUCUCACGAAGCAAGACGAUCGGAGCCGAGGUCUGGUCGCACAAGGAGGUCUAAGCACUCUGGCCGUAGCAGGAGCGAGACGCCGGACAAAUCGUCCAGGUCAUUGAGCCAUUACUCUGAUCGCGAUGAACACAAGGACGACGGUAGCGUCACCGAUAGCAGCAUGGAGCAUAGUGACGGCUGA